AUGGCCCCUCGUGUUUCUUCCAAGACCUACAAGGUCCCCCGUCGCCCCUUCGAGUCGGCCCGUCUUGACUCGGAACUUAAGGUUGUCGGAGAGUACGGCCUGCGCAACAAGCGCGAGGUGUGGCGUGUCCAGCUUACCCUGUCCAAGAUUCGUCGUGCUGCUCGUGAGCUCCUCACUCUCGAUGAGAAGGACCCCAAGCGUCUGUUCGAGGGUAACGCCCUGAUUCGCCGUCUUGUGCGUAUUGGUGUCCUCGACGAGUCCCGCAUGAAGCUCGAUUACGUCCUUGCCCUUAAGGUUGAGGAUUUCCUUGAGCGCCGUCUCCAGACCUGCGUCUACAAGCUUGGCCUCGCCAAGUCCAUCCACCACGCUCGUGUCCUGAUCAAGCAGCGUCACAUCCGUGUCGGCAAGCAGAUCGUCAACGUUCCUUCCUACAUGGUCCGUCUGGACUCCCAGAAGCACAUUGACUUCGCUCUGACCUCGCCCUUCGGUGGCGGCCGUCCCGGCCGUGUUCGCCGCAAGAAGGCCGCUGCCGCUGCCGGCGGUGACGGUGAGGCCGAGGAGGAGGAUGAGGAGUAA